UUAUUCAUAGUUCUUGAGGCGUCGAAAUUAGAUGCGUUGAAAUCACCGAUUGAUGAAAGACCUGAAUGGAUAUCGAAAUGGUUUGAUUGUAUAGUUGAUGGAAAUGGCCAAGACGUGUGUUCACAAUAUUCAAUUCCCAACAUACCAAGCAUUAAUACAUAUGUAAUGGCAGAAGGUGUCAUUGCAUCAUUGGGCAUUUUGAUGUUUAUAAUAUUUGGCACUUCAAAGAAUUUAUGGAUGGAAUGGAAGGAUUUGUUGACUAAGGGAUUUAAUUUUAAAAAAAGUGAUGUAAUGAGUUUCUAUGACACAGAACAUAGCCAGCAUGAAGAAAGUUGA